AACGCCACGGAAACCGACGCGUGCGACCGCGUCAGGAUAGGCACCGACGUGUUUGGCGUGAGUUCAAACGGCACGCGGCUUCUUCCAAUCUCCGGCAAAAAGCGCCAAGAGGGAAGCGUGGUGGUGUGGAACCACUGGCGCUACUUGGUUUGUAAAAGCGGGCUUCUCCGAAGAACCUUUGGCGAGCCCCCGAGAGAUUACUGUAGGUACUUCACAUGCAACGGAAGCUGUGUUCGAGGCGUCCAGUGUCGGUUCAUUCACGACAUGAGCCGCAUGGCCUUGUGCCGCCAUUAUUUGGCCGGCAGGUGUCUGGGGCACUGUAUACUUUCUCACGAGGCCAGUGAGUACAACACUCCGGUGUGCCGGUACCACCUAGAGGACCGGUGUUCGAAUGCCCGUUGUAACUUUUCCCAUGAGCUUCCGGCGCACGCCCGAGACUCGGACUUCAGCAUAUGGACAUGUCGCCCGUUUGCAGUGGGCGGGUGGUGUGACCGCGGCCGGCUUUGCCCGUUCGCCCAUCUAUACAAUUGCCCCGAUUACGAGGAAAGCGGCUUGUGUCCGCGGGGCAACUCGUGCCCAUUGACACACACAAUCACCAAGCGGUCGUUCGAACCACAGAAUACGAUUGUUAGUAGUUAUAGCGUCGACCCAGCGGUCUUGUUU